AAAAAAUAAGCUUCAUACAUGACAAAAAUCUGGAUCAGUGAGGGGAACGCGUGAUUGUUAAAAUAUUAAAAAAAAAAAACUAUUACUAAUAGCAACAAAACAAAAUGAUGGCUGAAGCAGUCGCCAACGACGAGAAACAGAUGCGGAGUAGGCAGCCCAGCCAGGACGAAGGGUCGAGACUGCUAGGCGAACCGGCUAAAGACAGCUUCUGUCAGCGCAUUAAGCCCAAAGUGAGCCUUUGCCUCGGCACUACGGCCGUGCUGUCGUUUAUGGUGUUCCUGUUCCUCGUGCCGUUCGUUGUCGACCCGGCAGUGUCCCGACUGAUCGCCCGAUAUGCACCCGAGCCCGGCACGUGCGCGCUUCAUGAGCACGUGUUCGCGGCGGGCCUGAGCAAAUGUACGUGGUCCUCGUGCCGGGAAGGCUGCACGUCGGCCACUACGCGGUGCCAUCAGAUCACCGUCAACUAUUCACUGACGCCGUAUCAACAAUACAAACAGGAUCAUAUGUCCCCCGAGUCGCUGAAAUGGGCAGGUACGGUAGUCCGGUUCUUGGUGAACACCGAAGGCUGCGGUUAUCCACCGUUUGUUAACUGCACCACGUUCGCUCUGAAGUACGGUCACAUCAAUCAAGAGGAUAUCCCUGAGUUCAACCACAUCAACCAGCCGGUGACCCGAGAACUGUACAGGCACGGUAAUGACACGUCACCCGGUCCACCUUCUCCGCCAAUAUUGUUAGAAACCGCAUCUGACGGAACACAGCAAACGACGGCAGUAGACAGGCGAGGGCAAAAAGUGGACGAGAAGUCGAAAGUCGCUCUGAAAGUGUUCCCGUGCUACUACAGCCGCGCUUACCCGGAUAGGGUGGUGGCUGACUACGACUGGCACCACACUAUCAAGACCCUUGUAGCCGCCGUAGUCAUACCCUGGACACUUUUUGUCCUAUCAUGCACGGUGCUGUGUUACUGGUACUGUCCAGCACUCAGAAGAGAGUUUAUGGUCGACAAGAGAAAGACGGCGGCGAUUAAAAAUGAAAACCCACAACUAGUGAUCAGGAGAAAAUUGUCCAAAAGACCAUUCAGCACAGACGAAGAAGAUGGCGAUUAUUGAUCAAUAGACACACGCAUUUGCUAUUAAAUAAUGGCUUUUUUACAGGCACAGGCGCGAGUGCUAAAUUUUCAGUUCACUAAUUCGGUCUAACUAUAUUUAUACUUACGUUUGUAUUCCGCUUUAACUUCACCCAAAUGUAAUUUAAAUAACUGUGUACGCCAAAAACUAUUUUCUAUCUAA